GCAGCAGAAUUGUCUUGUUUCUUUUAUUUUUUUUCUCCCCCUUCACCACAUUCAUUCUAGACUGUACUUUCUCCGUAGGCUAGGAGUCUUAAACAAUGGGUGACUGGAGCUUUUUGGGGAGACUGUUGGAAAAUGCACAAGAACACUCCACCGUGAUAGGCAAGGUCUGGCUGACAGUGCUCUUUAUCUUCAGGAUCUUGGUGCUGGGGGCGGCUGCGGAAGAGGUCUGGGGCGACGAACAGUCCGAUUUCACUUGCAACACGCAGCAACCUGGCUGUGAGAACGUGUGCUAUGACAAAGCCUUCCCCAUCUCUCACAUCCGCUUCUGGGUGCUGCAGAUCAUCUUCGUGUCCACCCCCACUCUCAUCUACCUGGGCCACGUCCUGCACAUCGUGCGCAUGGAGGAGAAACGCAAGGAGAAGGAGGAGGAGCUGCAGAAAGCCAGCAAGCUGCAGGAGGAGCUGAUCUUCAAGAACGGGAAAAAGGACAAGCCGCCCAUCCGCGACGAGCACGGCAAGAUCCGAAUACGAGGGGCCCUCCUGCGCACCUACGUCUUCAACAUCAUUUUCAAGACCUUGUUUGAAGUGGGAUUUAUCGUGGGCCAGUACUUUCUCUACGGCUUUCAGCUGAAGCCCCUGUACAAGUGUGACCGCUGGCCCUGCCCCAACAGCGUGGACUGCUUCAUCUCCAGGCCCACGGAAAAGACCAUCUUCAUCAUAUUUAUGCUUGUGGUGGCUUGCGUGUCUCUCUUGCUGAACCUGCUGGAGAUUUACCACCUCGGAU